CUCUGAGACGUGCCUCCGCCCCUCUGCUCCCCCUCUCCCCGCGCGCGCACACACAGCUCGGAGUUUCCCUUUCCGGGCCCCCGAGAGGAGGGGCUGAGGUGAGAGCAUGAGGUUGUCGCUGGCUGCCGCUAUCUCCCACGGCCGCGUCUACCGCCGCCUGGGCCUGGGUCCGGAGUCCCGCAUCCAUCUGCUGCGGAACUUGCUCACGGGCCUAGUUCGCCACGAACGCAUCGAGGCGACAUGGGCACGCGCGGACGAGAUGAGGGGCUACGCGGAGAAGCUCAUCGAUUAUGGAAAGCUGGGCGACACCAACGAACGAGCCAUGCGUAUGGCUGACUUCUGGCUCACAGAGAAGGACUUGAUCCCAAAGCUGUUUAAAGUGCUAGCGCCUCGGUUCCAAGGUCAGAAUGGGAACUACACAAGAAUGCUACAGAUCCCGAAUCGGAAGGAGCAAGAUCGGGCCAAGAUGGCGGUGAUAGAAUAUAAAGGGAACUACCUCCCUCCCCUGCCUCUGCCUCACAGAGACAGCAACCUUACUCUCCUAAACCAGCUGCUCCUGGGACUGCAGCAGGACCUGCACCAUAACCAGGACGCAAGCCUCCACAGCUCCUGUACAGUUCAAACACCAAAGACUUAACUGGAGCUGGAGAGUGGUGCAUAGGUGUGGUGCCCGUGUUCGUGGGUCUUGGAGCUCGUGUAGUGUGUGAGGCCUGGAAGUAGCAUUGUAAAGCCCCCUCAUAAUGAGACCCAGACCUCCCUGCUGACUCACACGAUCCUCUUUGCACAGAAGAUAAAAGUCUUAAUAUGAAUAUAAGAUAUUGACUUUCUUGUCCUUCCCUAGGAUUUAUGGAAAGUAAGAGGCAUCCAGAUGCUCAGCCUCCUAAGACAGUAAAUUCACAACUUAGGUUCUAAAUUCUAGGUCUAGUUUUGCUUGUUUGUUGGAGGGGAGGGGAUCUUGCUGUGUAAUCCAGACUAUAUCCACCAUGCAGCAGUCCUCCUGUCCCUGUGUUCCCAAGUGUUCACCACCACACAGUGCCAGUUUGCUUUGGUUUUGUUUUUUCUGAGACAGUUUCUUUGACUGUCUUAGAACUCUGUUUGUAGACCAGGUUGGCCUUGAACUAAGCGAUCCACCUGCCUCUGCCUCCUCAGUACUAGGAUUAAAGGUAUGGGGCACUACCUCCUGGCUCAGUUUGCUUAUCUCAACACUAAUUUAGAUGGGCCCUGUACCUCUUGAUUCCAAACCAUCUUCCUAUGGUGACUGGCUGACGUCCAGCAUAGAGACCCACCGUUGGAAUUCCUUUUUUGCUUUUAUAAGUUAUACAUGAGAAUCUUUAUGAAUCCUAUGAGACUAGGUUUCACCUUGGCAUCUUCAUACAUAUCUACCAAUGUCUUUUGACCAUGCUUACCACCACAUGCAUGCACCCUAUUGUCCUGCCUAUUUCAACUAGUCCCCCUUCCACUUGAUGUCUUUUUAUGUGUGUGAUUAUGUCCUGGCGAGUUUCAUUAGUCCUGCUUACAGGAGCAUGUGUGUGUCUUACCAAUGGCUGUACCACUGUCUGUCCAUCCACAAAGGAGGGUGCAGCCGCCUGAGCUUCUAACCCCCUUCUUAACAGGAUUUUGACAGGCUACUAUGAGAGCAAGCAUUCAGUCCCAAGAGAUUGCUUCCUGAUAACUAGCUGUGUGAGCCUCUGUACAGGAAUCUUCAAAUAACAUGGUACCCCUAAAACUGAGAAUUGUUUCUAGGCAAGGUCACAUUUGUUUCACUCAAUGUCUGAAUGGGUUUUGAAUGUGGACUCAAAUAGAUGUAUCACCACCCUGAUCAUAGAUAGGGCUGUAGGCAUCUGCCAGGAUGUUGGCCUUCCGGAUAAGUUCCUUCCUCUUAGAGGGUGUGAAGAGGAAGGUUGAUAGAGAGUGAUGCAUUAGAAAGUUAAGCCUGCUGGGAAUUUCCUGGAAGCUUUUGUUGCCAAAAGUGGACCUCUGUGGGAACCCAGAAAGAGGAAAUCCUGUUUCAGAAUGGCCAGGGUAUGUGAGAAGCAUGGAGCUUAUUUAUAUCCACUAAAUAUGGGAUAUGACCCAUCCUGGCUGCUGUUCUGUAUGUUCAGAGACUUGACCAGGGAGUCAUGGAAAGAAGUUCUCCUGAACAAUUAGUGCAGCACCUGAAGGUAGAAGGUCACUGUGGAAGCAGAAAGACAUUAGCUUCAGUGACACUAUUCUAAGACUCUUUGCCCUACAGCUGCUUACACUAAAUCACCUGGUCCCGGCAGAGCUGUCACUCUUCCUUCUGCAUAGAACUUGACAUGUUUUUUGUAAAUCUUUAUCCCUUUUCCUAUCUUUUGAGCAUUUACAAGUUAGAUGCCUGAGUCAUGACUUGUUCUAGGAAAAGCCCUUCCCUUAAAACCAAAUCUUGGAAGACUUUGCAACAGGUAAAAUAUGAAAGGGCUCUCAGAUUUUUUUUUGAACACCCACCAUUUGGAGCUUUAAUAUUUCCCUAAAUGUUUUAUACUUCUUUAUUGAGUAGGGAGGGUACAUGCAUCUCAGAAUGCAGAUAGAGGCCAGAGGACAGCUUUCCCAAGUUCUUCCAACCUGUGGUUCCUAGGUAUGGAAGACAGGUCAUCAGACUUAGUAGCAAGUGCCUUCUGAGCUGUAUCUCUACCCCUUCUAUUAGAAGCAUCCGAAUCUCCAGCAUCACCUUACAUACUAGAGAUUGCAUACUUCAAGCAUAUUUGCAGUAAAUCUGACCCUGGCUAAAAGUGAAGCAUCAGCAGUCAAGGAGCUCACAGUUGUACAGGGCACUACAUAUCUAAUAAUCUGGCCCCCCAAAGUUGACAAAUCCUAAGACAUCUACUGAAGGCUUUGUUAAUCUGCCUGUAUUUGUAAAUAACUGCCUUUGAGUAGACAUUGCCUAAAUACCAAGCCAAGCCCUUCUCAUCGCUUCGAAAGAGUGGUUCUCCACAUCGAGUUCCAGAUUUUGAUCUACACAAACAUGGAUCCUCUGUGUAGUCUUGGCUGUCCUGGAACUCACUCUGUAGGCUAGGCUGGCCUUGAACUUAGAGAUCUUCCUGCCUCUGCCUCCCUUGUGCUGAGAUUGAAGGUACAUAUUGCCAUACUCAUGGUAAGGAUUGGGGGGGAGGGUUUCAAUUCUUUACAAUAAGGUUGACAAACUAAUGUCCCUCACCCACCCAAAAAACCUAACACACUUACUUAAAAGUUUAGCACUAUGAACCCAAUACCUACCUAUCAUUUUUAAACCGAGUAACUGUAUCCCUGUAUCUUAAGUGGAGUCAUGUCCUGCUUUAUCUCCAUUAGCAAAUAUGCAAUUGUUCCUAGUGGGAUGUCCCAGGCACAAAGUUGUCAUGAUAGGAAUGUGGUCAUCUUAAUUGCCUGAUAGAUUUCCAGUUUUUUAUGGGACAAAGUCCAGAUUUCUUACACUGCCUACUAAUCAAGCAUCUGCUUGAUGCUCCACUACGUGGUGCCUCUCAAGCUCAUGCUGUAGAAGCAUAGAACACACCUUAUUUGGGUGGUUUUUCUGGCACAGGUCCCUUUACACUUUGUUCACACAGUCCCUGUCAUCCAGAGGCUCCACUUUGACCUACAUAACUUGUACACAAACUUUCACGUGGCUCUUCUGAUCAUCCCCAUUCCUAAACUCAUAACUUUGUCACACAAGAUAUGCCUGCUGUGUUUAUGUAGUACACUGAAAUACAACAUUGCUUUAUAGUUCCCUAUGGUAUAGGGCAUUAGACUGAAGACAACAAUGAAAAUAGAUUAAAAACUAACAAGUUAAAGUGCUUCCAAACUGCAAUCCAAGUUGUAAUGAAGUGUGUUUGAGAGAGAUUACUGCCAUUUGAGACUGUCAUUUCUUCUUAUUGCUACCAAAAGCAGUCUAAAACAUCAAGCUUUGUACUACUAAAAUUAGUGUUCCUUCCCCCACCCCCAAAAAAAAUUUUUUUUUAACUAGGAUUCAGAUAAAGAUAAAAAAGCAUUUUGCAUCAGAACAUGUGGCGGUCAAUAUGUAUAUAAAUUGCAUAUCCUCACAAGACAUUUUCCUUCACAUUUGCAUUACCUUUAACAAUGCUGCUUCCAGAACCGGCGGAAUGACUCGAUAAAAUGCCCACCUCUUGAGCAUCAGGUCCUGAAGUGACAUCCCAAGCCACACAAAAAGCUAGGUGUGGGGCCAGGAAGAUGGUUCAUUCCGUAAAGAUGGUGCCAAGCCUGAUAACUUGACUCCUAGAAUCCACAUAGUAGAAAAAAAAUAACCCCCACAACUGACUACACAUGCUGUGGCACACACUACUGAUAGAAAUUUAAACAAACAAAAACAGAAGCCAGGUGUGAUGGUAUAUCCUGUUAUCCCAGUGCUGGGCAUUCAGGGUAGAGAUAUGCAGAUCUUAGAAGCUCACUGGCCAGCCAACUUAGCCAAACUGGUAAAUUCUAGGCUCAGGAAGAAAUCCUAUCUCAAAAAAUCCUGAGGAGGCUGACCUCUAGCCUCCACAUGCAUGUGCACUCACCCACGGGAACAUACAAUCAUACAUACACACACACAAUGCUGAUCCCCAUCCACUAAGUUGAUUUUACAACCUAGGAAUGAAUUACAACCUGCUUUUACUGGGUUUACUCAGCCUUUCAGUGCCUAAGCAUUGCCUUUGCUGGAUAAAAUCCAGACAUUACAUUGACAGCCUGGUCCAGCCACAUCUCAAGCCUGCCAUAUUCAACCCUGGCCGAAGUUUAUGAAACAACUGUGCUUUGUGUGGAAAUGCUAAGGCAUUUCAGUAUCCAAGACCAAAAAAAAAAAAAAAAAAAAAUCCUCUACCGGGCCUUAAAUGCUGAUAGUGAUUGUCAAGAGUAUAAACAUAUGUCUAAUUAAUUUCCCACACAUUUUACAUAUUCCAACAUCCUGGAAUAUUUCUAACCAAUGCCACAGACAGAAAAUACCUAUAUAUUUCUACACUGGCAAAACCAGAAAUGAUGCAUCUUUUAUGAAAAAGUCACUGAAUUCCUCAAGUGAAGCUCAGCGUUAUUACAGUGGCCCAGACUCUUCAUUUGAUCUUUUAACCACAUAGAAGACCACCCAUACUGUAUAUUAGAUCUGAGACUUGUUCAUCCUACAAAGCAAAAAAGUUUGGCCCCAGGGCUGGGGUGGAGCUCUGUGGUAACGUGUGCUUAGCAUUCAUCAAGUCCUGAGUUCAGUCCCCAGCACAACACACAACCAGCUAGAAAGAAAGUUGCCACUUCCUCAAGCCCUUAAGGCCAAGGCCACCCCAUUUCCUGGAGCCCUUAGACACUGACAGCCAAGCUUUGUUUCUAUAAGUCUUACAAGGUCCUUAUAUAUUUUAAAUUUCAGUCUUUUAUCAGAUACAUGGACGGCAAAUAUUCUAUCUCCUGCAGGUUACCUUUUCACGUUCAGAUUGCUUGUUUGAUGUUUAAAACCCGCUUGGUUCAAUAUCAUCCCAUUGACUGACUUUCUAUUCUUUACUGUUCUAUGCAGAAUGUAUCACUAGGGUCAGUGGAGACGCUUCUCCCUGUGUUCUCUUCUAGCUGUUAUACUGGUCUUCCCAGAACUAGGACCCUCAUCCGUCUGGGACUUCUAUUUGUCUUUAAUACAUUUUGUGCUAAUUAUGUAGGGUUCCGAAUCUAGCUAAGGGAUAGAGCAUGUGACUGAAAAGUAUGAGGCCUCAGUUUCAAUUCCUAGAACCAGAACGGGGCAGGGGAAUGGAGAAAAUCAAGUUAAUUUUGAGUCUGGUAUAAAACAAGGGUUCUGAUUUUCCCCCCUUGGCUUGAGGAUAUAUGGUUUCUCAACAACAGUUUUUGGAGUGAUUUCCUCCAGUGUAUACUCAUUUGGCAAAAAUCAGUUGACUCUGCGUGCUUGUGUUUAUUUCUGGGCUCUAUCCUGUGCCAUGGCCUGUGUCUGUUAUGCCGCACAGCCGCAUUUGCUUACUAUAGGUUUGUGAUACAGCCUGCAGUUGGGGAAGAUGAUGCCUUUUUCUUUAUGACAUUAUUUUGGCUAUAUGGAAUUUUUUGUACUUACAAACUUUGUCUUUGGUGUUUUUUUUUUUUUAAUUUUUGUUUUUUUUUAAAGGUCAUUGGUAUUUUUAUAGGGAUUGCAUGAACUCUAUAGAUUACUUUGAGUUCUGUGAACAUUUUAAUAAUUUUCAUUCUUCCAAUCUUGAGAGCAAGGCAGUGUUCCACUUAUCAGUGUUAUUUUCAAUGUCUUUUAUCGGUGCUAAUAAUUUUGAGCACAAGGGUUUUUUUGGCAUUUUGUCUUGUUUUGUGUUGUUUUUUGAGUUCUCUGUAGCCUUGGAUGCCUUGUCCUGAAGCUUGCUCUGUUAACCAGUCUGGCCUCAAACUCACAGAGAUCCACCUGUUUCUGCUCCAACACACUAGAAUUAAAAGCGUGUCCCACCACUGCCCAGCUGGGUACAAAUCUUUUACAUUCUUAGUUAUAUUUAUUCCUAUGUCUUUUAGGCUGUGGAUUGGGCCCAGGCUCUAGCACAUACUAGGCAAAUACUCUAGAACUGAACCACAGCUCCAGCCCUGAUAGUUCCACAAAUGGAAGCAUUUCCUUUACUUUCUUUACCAGUGGGCCAGUUUCACACUGUACAUCUUUUAUUAUAGUGACUGAAUAACUCUACUUUUAAAACCCUUCACUAAAUAGUGAGUUCCUCGAGAAAACACAUCUAAUUCAUUUCUCCCACCACCCAAUAAAGAACAUGAG